UCUCUCUCCUUUGUUUGGGUAUGUUUAUAUUUCUACCUCUUUUCUACCACAUGGAUAUAAAAUAUGAGAAGAAACGAAAAAGGAGGUGGCUCUGGUUGUGGACUUUGCUCUGAAGACCUUCCAGACAAACUGAAUCAUGACAGCAACAGAAACUGAGACUGCAGUGGGGCACAGUACUGUCAGUGAUGCUCCUGCUCACAGUAACAACAGUAACAGGAGCAUGGAUGGAUCACGUCCAAACUUCUCUGCUGAGGAGAGAGGACUCCCUGGUGAUCUCCUAGAGAGCAGCAAAGAGUUCAUAAGACUUUAUGAAGAACAUCAACCCAAACUCCAACAAAUCAUCCACAAGCUGUUUAUGAACUCUGAGGAGUUUUUAGCUAUACACUGUAAAGCAGCCAAAGUGAAGAGAAAAUGGGGACUAGCUUCAGCAAAAAGAGUUUUAGGUAUGUUACUAAGUCUCUUCACUUGUGGUGUUUCUGUCCCUGUGUUAGGGGCAGGAGGUGUGACUGCCGAUGGAGAAAGAAGCCACAUAAGUCACAAAACCAAAAAAGAAAUGAAGAAUGUUCUAGAGGAAGAGAAGAAACAUCUGAAACAUUUCAAAACACCAGCUGAUACAGUCACCAGUCAUCUAAAAAGCAUCUGUUACCACGUUGAGAACAUACUGCGGUAUCAAAAUAAGCAGUAUAAUAAGCGGCGAGAAUGUGAGCAUGAAGGUCCCAGAAAAACAGUGGAAGGUUUAGCACAGCUUGCUAAACUAUUUAAGCCAGUGGACAUACAAAGACUGUUAGAGCAGUUAAAGAGAACUUUAAAAAUGACACAAAUCAUUAAGCCACUUGCCCACAUUCAUUCACUUAGUGUUCACUCUCGAUUCACUUUUGAAGACACAAACACACUUAAAGGCUCAGAUAAACUGAAAAAACAAUCUAAAGUGCAGAAAAAUGAGCAAGAAUCAGAAGCAAGAUGGCUCAUUUGGAAGAUGAAGGACUUAGCUGAUCAUUUUCAGAACACUUUAGAUGAAAUAAGGUAUUCAAAAACAGAGAUAGAGAGGGUGCUUAUACCCAAACUCAAUACGUACUUCUUACAGAGAGAAAAAUGCAAACAGACCGAUUAAAACUGUUUUAAAACUGUUUACUUGUGAACAAAACCAGCAUGUAGUGGUAGUUAAACAGCAGUGACUUUGCCACUUUAGAGCUUUUCUUGAUUACUAACACAUUUAAUGCAACUGUCUCUCUGGCUGAAAGUGGUAGGUAUUAGAUACUUGUGUGUGAACUCAUUGCACUGGGACCGUCUCACUCUCUCGCCUUCCAAAGCUUGGCACAGUGAAUGUUACAGCAAUGGAGGCUUGUCCUGUCCUGCACAUAGUCUGCACAAGCCUCUGCUCCUCUAAGAUCCGUUAUACCGAUUACCUCCACAACCUGUGUGAACUACACUGCAAAAAAAUAAAGGGAACACUCAAAUAACACAUCCUAGAUCUGAAUGAAUGAAAUAUUCUCAUUGAAUACUUUGUUCUGUACAAAGUUGAAUGUGCUGACAACAAA